AUGAACCCAGACCCCAUACCGGCCACCGAGACAAGGCCACCAAAACAAGAGCCCCAGGUCGACGAAUACACCACUUCAAGCCACAAAGGCAAAUUCCGCUUCAAGAGCUCGUCCGGACGGUCCCAUAGAAGCUCCAAACACGACGAAAGCCGCCAACAUCGCAAGCGCAGACAUCGCUCCCGCACAGAUGGCGAAUCUACCAAGCGUCGGAACAGAGACUCAGACCGCCACAAAUCACCAGAGGCAGCCCCGCUUCCGACAUCAGAUGCCUUCCGCGAAUCGCUCUUCGAUGCGCUAGGUGACGAUGAAGGCGCCGCCUACUGGGAGUCUGUUUACGGCCAGCCGAUCCACAAUUACAGUGUCCCCAAUGUGCAGGGACCGGAAGGAGAGCUGGAGCAGAUGACGGAAGAAGAGUACGUUUCCUACGUGCGGUCGCGGAUGUGGGAGCGUACGCGUGAAGGCCAGAUCGAAGAACAAGAACGAUUACGGGCUGAGCGGAUGAGGAAGAAGAAGAGCGAGGAGAAGGGGAGGGCUGCUGAGGAGGAGAAGAGGGCGUUCGAGAGGGCUAUGGAUGAGAGCUUAAGGCGCGGGGCAGAGAGGAAAAAGUUCAAGGCUUGGGGUGGGGUUUGGAAGGAGUAUCUGGAGAGGUGGGAGAAGAUGGAGGCAGAGAGGGAGAAGGAAGAUCCUUCUCAAGCUCUGCGGAAUAUGAUUUUCUGGCCUGUGAGGUCUGGGAAGAGGGCUGACGUUGCGAGUGAUGCUGUUGACGAGUUCAUGAGACAUGCGCCUGAGAGCGAUUUGUCGAACACACUCAAGACGGAGCGAAUCCGUUGGCACCCAGACAAGAUCCAGCAUCGAUAUGGCGCGCUAGGAAUUGACGAUGUUGUCAUGCGCAGCGUUACGGAGGUUUUCCAGAUUGUCGAUCGCAUGUGGAGCGAGCAGAGAGAGCGACAUGGUUGA